UUCCCAUCACUAUCAACUAGGGGACGCGCCAAAAUAUGUAAAAUAACAACAAAAAAAGAGAUAUCUGUAUUAUUUGUUCAAUUGGCCAACGGAGAAAAAUAUUCAGCGAAUAAGUUCAACAUGAGCCUGGAUGAGACCAUAUGUGCUUACUUCGUGAACAAUUUGAAGGCCGGGAAAUCCAGUGCCAAUGAUUCCACAGCCUCUGCAUCGACUGAGCUAGUGGAUCAGUUUAAUGUUGCCCUGGAGCUGAUGCGGCAACAGCUGGCCGAGACACAGAUACGAGAGAUAAAGCCCAGCGAGGGCUAUCCAUUGAUAGCCAGUGGUAAUCUAACUAAGAAGGAUGUCUUUGUCUUGGUCCACUUCGAAGGGGAGUUCUUCGAGCAGUUGUCCAUGACAAAGGCAUUGAUUUUGGGUCCACCAUGCCUGGUGGGAUGCUUGCGCCGUGAUGAGCCCAUUCCCAUGGGCAGCAACGUCAUCUACACGACAGCUAUGCGGGAUCUGCAAAUUUCGGCCACUGGCAUUUCGCCCUCAGAAAAGGAGGAGCUAAGCAAACUGAUCCAGUACAUGGGUGGCGUCUAUUUUCAGAGUUUUGGUUCCCGCAUUACACACUUGAUAUCGAACACCAUUAAGUCGAAUAAAUACGAGCAGGCCACUUUAAAUGGAAUCCCUGUGAUGCAUAUCGAUUGGGUGAAGUGCGUCUGGGAUCGCAGCAGACGCAAAGGCAAGGAGUUCCUACAGGCCAGUGACGAUGAAUUCGAAUCCUAUCGUUUGCCCACAUUCUUUGGAGCCAAUAUAACGUGCAGCGGCUUGGAUUCAACACGCAAGGACAAGGUAAUGCGUCUGGUCAAUGAUAAUGGCGGCAUCUAUCAUCGUGCAUUUCGUUCCCAAGUCGUGGAUAUUGUCAUCACCGAUCAAUCCAAGACGGAUACGGAUAAAUAUAAGGCGGCAGUGCGUUUCAAAAAGGACGUACUAUCACCCGAAUGGAUCUACGACAGUGCCGCGCGUGGUUAUGCCCUGCCGACCAAGAAGUAUGAAGUGCGUGCUGGCAAAAAGGUGUCCACACCGACCAAGCAGAGUCGCGCAACCGCCGCAGCAGCAGAUCAGACUCAACUCUCGGAUAUAUCGAGAAUUAGUUUCGUCUCCGGACCAUCCACGCGUCGCAUGCUCAGCGAUGUGACCACUGUGAAUGAGACACUAAGCAGCCUGCCCAGCAAUAGCUACAGUUCCCCGGCCAAAGUUGAUCUCCUUAAAAAGGCAAUAAACGCAAACAAGAAUUACAUUUCUGUACUUUCCGAAAUAUGUCCCCGUCAGGCCAAACAGGCGGGCACUUUUCUGGAUGGAUGUUGUGUCUAUUUGAGUGGAUUCCGCAUGGAGGAGCGAGAGAAAUUGAAUCGUGUUCUCAACACGGGCGGAGCUACGCGUUUUGAUGAGAUAAAUGAUGGCAUCUCUCACAUUAUUGUCGGUCAAUUGGAUGAGGCGGAAAUGCAGCAAUGGCAGCGGAAUAAUAUUACCGGACAUGUUGUGCAACUCGAUUGGUUAUUGGAUAGCAUCAAAGCUGGUCGUAUGGUCGACGAGGUUAACUAUCGUGUGUCAUGGCCACCACCAGAUGAGGCUGCAGCCGCAGCAGCGGAUAUUGCCUCACCAGCCAGCAAGCGAACAUUGCGCACCAUGAAUCAUUCGUUCAAACAGCCCGCCCCAGCUGUUCCAAUUAAAAAGAAACUCUUUUCCGUGGAUCCUCCAAGCCGAGAGCAAGAGGAACAAGAAGAGGAAGCAGCAGUUGGUGCCCUGCUAGGUCAAUAUUCGAUGGAUCAUGAACCGGCUGUUCCAUUGCCGGCAGCAAGUUCCACGCAGUUGCCAGUGAAGCUUGCUCCAUUGGCAGCAGCUGCAUCGGCAGCAUCUGUAUCUGGUUUGCCAUUGCCAGAGCUGAGUGCCAGCACUUUAUCCAUUGAUUUUGAUAAGCUUGACUAUUUCUCGGGCAUCUCUGUGUAUGUGCACAAGGAUUCGUUUAAUGCCGAGUUCUAUAACCAAAUACUGAGUGAGUGCGAAUCGGCCCAGGGUAUUCUGGUGUCCAAUAGUUUCACGGAUGCAGUUGACUAUGCCAUCGUUAGCUUCGAAGUGGCCUUUCAUCCAGAGAGCUUGCCCAUUCAGGCACGUCAUGUGGUCACCGAAUUGUUUGUGGAGAGUUGCAUGAAACAGAACAAGCUGGUGCCCAUUGAAUACUAUCAUCUGCCUAUGCCGGCUAAAGUGGAACGGGAACCUUUGGAGGGCAUGACCAUUGUUAUCUCUAUCUAUGCUGGUCUGGAGAGAGAUUUCAUCAAUUCGAUUGCUGAACUGAUGGGCGCCAAAGUGAACAAGACGUUUAUUAAAAGGGAGCAGCCUCUAUUGGUGUGCCCAACAGCCGAAGGUUCCAAAUAUGGGGGAGCCAUUAAAUGGAAAUUUCCAAUUGUUACUUCGGCUUGGCUUGUAGAAUGCGCCAACCUUGGUGAAAAAGUGCCCUAUACAAAAUAUCUGGUGGGCAAAAGUACCGAAGAUUUCCCCAAAUCCCCCAAGCUGAAGGAGCGAAACAAUCAAGGUGAACAAUCGACUCGCUCGGAUGGGCCGAAAACAAAUCUUAACGAACAGACAAUGGAGGAAGAGGCGGAGAAUCAACCCAUAAUGGCUCCACCGCCAGUUGAAUUGACGCCGUUGCGUAAUCCUCGUGUCUCCGAAUUGGCUGGCCACAAUCCUCGUCCGGUCUCUGCCAAUUCAGCAACUCCACCGUCCUCCAGCUCGCCGCGUACUCCCAUCGGCCAGUCGCAAACACAGAGUGGCUAUAAUUUCAGUUUCCUGGAGCAGUUCAUCGAACGUUUGGACACCAACGAGGAGAAGGAUUGCGUUCGCCAGAUAAUCCAAGAGAUGCGCUCCAAUCAGACACCCGAACUGGAGCGUAUACGGCGACAGGUGUGCACCCCGGUCUCAAGACCACGUCCAUCCACCGGUAUUCCCGACUUUUGCCUAACGCCCGAGUUCCAGCAACGCAUGGCCGAUGAUUUUGAGCGACGCUGGCGUCUGCCUGUUAAGAAAAUCCAACCCGACACGCCGUUGUCAGUGAUUCGGCAAAGGGUACUGCGGAUUACGUGCGAGACUCUGGGCAUACCCUACGAUGGCCAUGAAGAGCAGUCGGCUGAAGUUGAGCCCAGGCAAACGCCCCAAACCAGAGCAAGAGGUAAAAUGACCAACAGAUUGAACUUUGAUUCGCCCACUCUGCGUUCCCGUUCGAGCAUCGGUGGCAACACCAGCAGAAAUCAACAGCAAUUCGUUCCAGCCACACAGAGUCCCAAUGGGAGCACCAUUGAUUUCGACAAGAUUAGCUUCGAGGAGACAGCCGCACCGAUUCCAGCACCAGUUUCUGUAUCCGUGUCUGCUGCUGGCAAACCCAUGGACACAUCAAAUUCGCCAGAAGUCAAGCAGUUAACUGAUUAUCUACGCCGCAAUAGUCUCAAGCGUAGUCAUGGCUCUCAUCUGGCAUCCCAGGAAUCGGAGUCGGCGCAUUUCGUACAGCCCUUUGAGUCCGAGGGUUUUGCCCUCAACUCGGAGGAUAACGUGGUGGAGUGGCGUGAUCCAGCUGAAUUUAAUGCCAGCAAGCAGAGACGUUCGUCCAUGUCCUCUAGUUCUAGCCUUGCACCAACUUUGCACCGCUUCAGCAUCUCCUGCGGAGCUGAUGACGACCAGCGAAAUCAACUAAUGGAUCGCAUUCGUAAUCUGGGCGGCGAAAUAUGCGAGAAUCUAAUCAACUAUGAUCCCACCUGCACUCAUCUCAUUUGUGAGCGUCCCAAUCGCGGUGAGAAAAUGCUUGGCUGUCUGGCAGCCGGCAAAUGGAUCCUGCACAUUCAAUACAUCGAUCAUUGCCAUGCCGCAGGCAAAUUCCUAGACGAAAACCUCUUCGAGUGGGGUAAUCCGAGUGCCCAUAAUUUGCCCCAACUUGUACCCGAGGAGCAAAACAUUGCUGUGGCCAUACAUCGUUCCCGUUCGUCUGGCGGUAAUGCCUUCAAUAAUUAUCGAAUCAUUCUCAGUCUGGCCAGCCAACAAAUGGGCGCCCUGAUGAAUGUUCUCCGCGCCGGCGGAGCUGCAAUCGUACAGCCACAUUCACCCUUUGCCGAUGAUCCGGUGGCCGGCACAGCCACUCAUUGCUUUGUCGAUAUGAAGAAGGCCCCCCUGGACAGCCGGGACUAUCAAUAUUUGCAUGAACGUAAAAUACCCAUUAUGAACCAAUUGGCCAUCAAUGCAUAUCUCAUGACUGGCAAGGAAACCAGCUUUGAGAAAUAUCUUCUCAAGUGAAGUGAACACAUUGUACAGACAAUAUCUACAUCUAUAUCAAUUCUGAACUAUGCAUAUCUAGAUUUUUCGUUUUAUUUUUUUUUGUUUAAUGUUC